AUGGACCGUGUCGGAGAGGAGUGUCCAGAGAACAAGAUAGUGACAGUUGAGUACCUGUGCACCAAGGCAGGGGGCCAGGACACCACAUGUCUCAGGAGAAGAUGCUGUAAGGGUUAUAGGUUUGUCAUGGGCCGCUGCAUACCAGAAAGUGUGGAUGUGUGUGCAGGCUCCCCCUGUGAACAACAGUGUACUGAUCAUUUUGGGCGAGUCAUCUGCACCUGUUAUCCUGGGUACCGCUACAACCGAGAGCGUCAUCGCAGCCAGCAGCACCCCUACUGCAUCGAUGUGGAUGAAUGUGAGGAGUCCAAUGGCACCGUGUGUGACCAUGAGUGUGAGAACACAUUGGGCAGCUUCCUGUGUCACUGUAAGAGCGGCUACAGCUUGGGUCCAGACCGGCGCUCCUGCGUGCCUCACCACAAGUUGAACUCCUCAGGGAAGUCGGACACACUGAUGAGCACAGGGUCCUGCACCUUAACCUGUCAGGACAUUGUUUCCAUGAGGGACAGCAUACUACAGCUCAAACAAAGGCUGGACAUCACUCAGAUGCUGUCUCCAGACCAGACUGACAGCAGUGACAAUGUGCUGCAUGGAUGGGGGAUGAGAGGGCCCGAUGGCCCCAACAUGUCUGGCCCGCCUGGCUCUCCCGGACCUCCCGGGCCUCCAGGAGAGAAAGGGCAAUCUGGAAGCAGGGGCCAGCCUGGACCUCAGGGACCAAGAGGGGACAUGGGACCCAUGGGUCCAGAGCCAGAUCUGGAACACAUUAAGAGGGGUCGUAGGGGCCCAGUGGGGCCCCCAGGUGCACCAGGUAGAGAUGGACAGAAGGGAGACAGGGGUUCUCCUGGUCCCAGAGGCCCAGCGGGACCCCCCGGCUCCUUCGACUUCCUCCUGCUGAUGGUGGCAGACAUUCGCAAUGACAUCAUCGAGCUGCAGGAGCAGGUGUUUGGAAGCAGACGUGGAAUCUCCCCAGAGCCCCCGCCUCGUUCCAGCAGCGAAAUGGGACUCGGUGAACGGGGAUCGGGGCAAGAGGAGCUCGCACUCAACACCCAGCCGUGGGAGUCUCAAACAUAG